AUGAGCGUUGUUCGGCAAGACGACCGACAACGUGCCAUGCUGCUUAGCACACGCGUGCGAGAAAACGCAACACUUUCGGAACCUCCACAACUUUCUUCUCAGUCGGACCCUUACCGAAUCAACCCUUCCUUCCUCCUCCUCUCGGCUGUUCGAUACCAUCACGAAUCCCCCACCCAUCACUUUGACCAAGAUGUCCACCUCCACACCACCGACACAGCAACAACGAAUCCUGUCAAACAGGGAAGCGGACACGCUGUUGAAACAGCAAAAGGCAAAAGCGUUGAAGGAGUGUCGUCAGCAGAUGGAAAACUUUGUCGAGUGCUCCAAGACGCGUACGAUCAGCAUGCUUUGGAGCUGCAGGGAUCAGAAGCAGGCGCUCAGCGAUUGCUUGCGUGUAUAGUAAGUGUCCAACUACCACACUGGUCGAAGAUGGAAGAGGAGACAAUGCUGACUGACUGA